UAUCGACUGGCGAUAAGUGAGACAUAGAGAGAUUACCUGCGAGAGACAACCUGUGAGAGACCUUGACACAAUCUAUAUCAGACAUCUACAAACUUUGUUAUAGACCUCGACACAGUCUAUAUCAGACAUCUACAAACUUUGUUAUAGACCUUGACACAGUCUAUAUCAGACAUCUACAACUGAUUCUACAUUGUCUUUGUGACCCGCAUCAAUGGCCCAAAGAUACUACCCAAUCCAUAGGCAGGAGUCUGCAAUGACUCCUCCUCAAAAUAACCCCCCCCCACGAUUCUUUGCAUUCACCGGGGACGAAACUGACCUCGACUUGUGCCUUGAGGAAGUCCGCGAUCUGCGGCGUCAACUGAAAUCACUGCGCAAGCAGAACAACGGGCUUGUCAGUGAAAAGAACAAACUCCACAACGACUACAGCUCCAUGAGGCGCGAGAAUGAAAGGCUGAAGGGUCUGCUGGAGAAGCAGAGAAACACCACAGCCAACAAGAAGGACAAGACACCUUCACAGAGUCACAGCACCAUAUUGAGCAAGCUCCAGCUGGAGGUGAAUGACCUGAAGAAGGAACUCGGCCAAAGAGACUCACAAAUCCUUCACUUCCAGAAGGAGAAGGAGAGUUUGUCUGCAAGCUUGAGUGAGACCAGAGAUCUGCUGGCUGAGAAAGAAAAGAUAGAAGAAGAGAGUAAGGCUCUGGAGGAGCAGAAGAAACAACGGAGGAAGGAAAGGAGAGAAAUCAUUUACAAGGAAGCAGACCAGAGUGCUCAAGAACUUGAAGACAAGAAUAAAGAAAUUGAGGAGAAAAAGAAGCAGCUGGAGGAGACUAAGAAAGAAAUGUUAAAAAGUCAACAAGAACUGAGAGAGAAGAGCACUGAGAUGGAGCAAAAGACGAAAGAAUUGGAGAAGAAAAACAAACAGCUGGAGGAGACUAAGAAAGAAAUGUUAAAAAGUCAACAAGAACUGAGAGAGAAGAGCACUGAGAUGGAGCAAAAGACGAAAGAAUUGGAGAAGAAAAACAAACAGCUGGAGGUGACUAAGAAAGAAAUGUUAAAAAGUAAACAAGAACUGAGAGAGAAGAGCGCUGAGAUGGAGCAAAAGAUGAAAGAAUUGGAGAAGAAAAACAAACAGCUGGAGGAGACUAAGAAAGAAAUGGGGAAGAAAAUGAAAGCUCUGAAAAACCAGAGUGAAGAUGUGGAGCGAGAAAACAUGGAACUGAAGGAAAACGUUCAACAUCUGGAAGAGACCAUGAAAGAAAUGGAAAAGAGAAGUAAAAAACUGACAGAGAAGAACCAAGAGUUGGAGCGAGAGAAGAACGAUCUGGAGACGAGAAAUAAAGCCACGGUGGAGAGAAGUGAAGAACUAAACGGUAAAGUUAACGACUUAACUGAAAGGAUGAAAGAACUGGAGGAGAAAAAUAAAGAACUGGAGGAGAAAAAUAAAGAACUGGAGGAGCAGAAGAGAGUAAUGGAAGAGAAAAUGAAAGAAGUGGAGGAGAGUAGGAACAAGACUCAGGAGACAAGUAAAAGACUGAAAGAGGAAAACAAUGAUUUGGAAGAGGAGAAAAAAGACCUGGUGGAGAAAAACAAAGGUCUGGAGGAGAAUAUGAAAGAAAUUCUAGAAAAAAAUGAAGAAGUGAAGGAGAAGAAUGAAGGUCUAGAGAAAGAGAGAAAAGAAAUGGAGGAGAGGAAUCAAGAAAUGGAGGAGAAAAUUAAAGAGCUGAGGAAGAGGAAUAGUGAAAUAAUGGAGAGGAAUAAAGAACUAAAGGAGAAUAAGAAAGAGAUGAUGGAGAAAAAUAACGAACUGAGGACGAAGAAGAGAGAAGCAGAAGAAAAAUACAAAGAACUGAAGGAGAGGAUCAGAGAAAUGGAAGAGGAAAAGAAAGAAAUAGAGAAAAGGAAUAAAGACUCUGAGGCAAAGGAAGAGACAGAGGACAAAGACAUUGAGCCCACAACGUCAAACAAGGAAGAACAGAAGGAGGAGGAGGAGGGGAAGAAGAAGAAGAAGAAGGGCUUCUGGAGUUGGCUCCGAAGAAAGAACAAGGUCAGUUUUGUGAGAGUGGAAGAGGAGGCUCCGAGUUGUUCAGCAGCUCCCUCCACCUCUUCUCCAUCUUUCAUCUAAAAACCUUCUGUCACUCUUCCUCCACCUCAACCAUCCUCACCUCUCCAUCCUCUCCACAGACCUACCUCUACCAGACCUCCACCACCCUCCUUCCAUUACACUACUCCCCUCUUGAAAUCAACCCCCCACCCCACACUCCCCCCACCCCUUUGUGCACUAUCCCCGUGUUCUUGUGGGUUUUCCCCGGGUUCCUCCGGUUUCCUCCCACACCAACACAAA